GUCGAAGCCUUCACUUUUUGAUUCACUCUUUCUGGAAGUAAAUCCCCUCGUUAUUCGCAGUCUGCUAUUUCGUGCUGUCUGUCAAACCAUGUACUUCAUCUCUUUUUUAUCCUCUCAGUGGACCUUCUCUGGAUGUAAUAACUCCAGUACCUUCAUACUGUGUUUUAAUGCCCUUAGAUAGUGUCUCUGAACCCAUCUCUGUCCCUCCCUUUCCGACACUUUGUUUUCUUACUCCUGAGAAUUAUCUGUUAUACGGAGUAGAUUUUACACGUACCAGUCAUUUCAGCGCGUCCGUCGGCCGUAAUGGCGGGUCUAUCGCCCUCUAAGACAGAUGGGCCUUCCAAGAGUUACGAUCCGUCUCUCCCACCUCAUAUACAUGAGAUAUUGAUUCGUGCAUGUGCAGAAUUGCAAGUGCAACAGCUGAAUUACAUGCCAUUCCAAGACAAUGAUCAGCUUGACCUAUCACCUAGAGAAGUCCGGGAGACAACACGGGGUCAAACAGUUCCAAGACGUCAUGCGAGAGCGCGUCAACAGCAGCAUCAGCGUGAUGGCCGUCAAACAUCAGGUCCACCCGGGCUGGCUCCCUAUAUCCACGAAACAAUUCAGUAUUCUACACAACCAACUGGUCCCGGGUACUCUUACUCGCAUGCCCCCAGAACUCGCUUUGGAGAUCAACAGUCGGAUCCUCACCGGAGGAUACAAAUACAGGCGAAAGAGAAUUUCCGCGCUAUGCUCGCAAAAAUAUCUCAAGAAACACUCGAGUCGUAUGCUAAGACACGAGGCUAUUCGGUGGGACCUAAAGCGAUUGAUUUCAAGUGUUUUGGCAGUCUCCGUAACGGUUUUGCUUUGCCUGGUGCCGACCUUGACUUGGUGAUGACAACACGUCCAUCCAGCUUCCCCCAACAGUUGGAAGCUGAAUGCCCUCAGGUUCUAGAGAAAGCCUUUGCGGAUGCCGGACUUGAUGCUUGCUUGAUAUCAAAGACUAGAGUCCCUAUCAUAAAGCUGUCCGAUAAAUCAGGCACUGGCAUUCGAUGCGACAUAAAUUUCUCUGGCCGUUUAGCAAUAUACAACACAGAAUUGCUUCGUUGCUACGCACUCUGUGAUGAGAGGAUACGUAUGCUUGGGGUCUUCGUGAAAAUGUGGGCGAAGGCUCGGAGGAUUAACAGUCCUUACCAUGGAACUAUGUGCUCAUACGGCUAUAUACUGAUGGUUAUCCAUUACCUUGUGAAUAUCGUUGGCCCUCCUUUGGCCCCGAACCUUCAGCUCGCUGCUCACGGCAAAGCUACUACCAUCGAUGGAUAUGAUGUUCUAUUCUUCAAUAACGAGGCCGAACUCAGAGCAAGGGCUAAGAUUAAUGCAAAAUUCGGCAAUCAGCAGUCCGUUGGAAGCCUUCUUCGUGGUUUUUUUGCAUACUAUGGAAGUCGUGGCCGAGGAGCUCCUCUUGGCGGCUUCGAUUGGGUUAAUAAGGUCAUCUCGAUCCGCACCCCAGGCGGCAUUCUUCCUAAAGCAGACAAAGGAUGGAAUUGUGCUAAAGUCGAUGAAAAGGGGCAUCGACUCAGGUACCUGAUUGCAAUUGAAGAUCCGUUUGAACUUGACCACAAUGUUGCGAGAACUGUUACUCACAGUGGGCUUACUGCUAUCAGAGCCGAGUUCCGUCGUGCUCAUACCAUCAUUAACCGUGUUCAGGAGAUACCCGGACUGGGAUGGGAAUGGCGCCACGACGAUGGGGAUGUCGGCGAGGACUUUCUUGCUGAACCUGGUAGUAAACCUAAUAACGCCAGUAUUGUGGAGCCGGAAACUCGCUCUGCUCCAGUUUGCGGCCCUAUUGAAGAAUCUGGAGCUUUGAAACCGAGCCACAACUACCAAUAUAGCCCCAACAUUGUUUUUGGAACUUCUUCAAAAGCACAGGAGCAACAGGAAUACAGAGAAAACUUCCGACGACACACCACCUCGACUGCCAAUAAUAUGAAGCGUCUAUUGCAUAUGCCAGCAGCCUGGGGCUCACGCUCCUCACAAUGCUCAGCUCGUGGCUUGAACCAGAACCAUGAUCAGGGGUUUGUCUCUGACCUCAGAUCUGAAUACCCACACAUGGCUACACACACUGGCUCGAAUCAUCAACACAUUUUAUGUCAAGAACAACCUAAUACCUCCCCUUGUUUGGCUGGUGUGGUUCUUGACCCAAGGCAGUUUCAUAGUCCAAGUGCAAUUCGCGAUAGAGCCUCAAUCUGUCAAGUGCCCAAUUGCAAAAAUGAAAGUACGAACUCUCAUGCUGGUUCCUCGGUUUUAGCAAACAAGUGGGCUAUUUCCACCCAUGAUUUACUAUCUGCUCUCCCGUUCUACGAAGGCAAUACUGGCUGAAACAACCUCAAACGAAUCCCAAGUUUUCCUAUUUCUGUCUGACUUCUGCCACUGAUCACACUAUUGUCUUACAAUGAAGUAGCAUUGCGGCUUCGAAUUUCAGCAUAUGAGAUGGUGGAUUCUGCGGAAAGGGGCCGAUAACUGGGGAAAAGAAGAGAUGUUAGUUAACAAGGGUUAUGGCUUUCAUUAACAGGUAUAAUAUAUUGCCUUACUCUGUGGGAAAUUUCUGCCUCUUUGGCGGUAAACAUACCUCCCACGGCCCCGUUCUUAUGUAUCGAGAAAACCUGCAAUGCUAUUUCCCACGUUUACACUGAUGAACAAGAUUAGUAUCAAUGUGUAGAACAUGAGAUUACCACUUCCAUCAGUCGACUGUAACUAAACACCUUAGUAUUCCCUGUUGAAAUAUUCCGGGUUCGUGGUAUACAAGAAUUCAUCGUAGGAACUAGUCGUGACAGGGCAUAUCAUACGUGACACGAGGACUGCUGGAGUCAAAUUCAUAGUUCUCCUUUAUAAUCUUGACAUUCAGGAAAUCGGUGUAUCUUCAUCAGCCACCGUGCCCUCAAAUCCUGCUACUGGAGACGCUUCUGCAUUUGGCGUUCCUUCUGUCCCCAGCGCGUCUUCGAAGGUGGUGUGGCCUGAGACCAUGUCAGGCAGGCUUGCUGCCUCAUUGCUAAUAAUAUUCUCAUUGCCCCUAGAAUUCGCUGUUCGGCCCUCCGCGGGUGUUGAUGAAUCAUAAGCGGUAUCGACGUCUUCCUUCAGGAUAGCAGAGCCACCAACGAUACCAGAUCCCGAACCAUUAAGCUCACCAGCGCCGACAACAUUGCCGUCCACGCCUCCCCAGAUAAACAUGGCCUCGACUUCAUCGACGAUGUCAGCCAGGACAUCUUCCGCUAUCUGCUCAUUAAAACGUUCCCCUAUCGCCCUAAUGAGCUCGCCAGUAUCUGUAUGAGAAGGGGGCCCGAUCCACCAUGGUGGCUCGAAGCGGCAUUCUACAGCUCCGCCGCCAAAGCAGCUCACAGCAGGGUAAUAACCAAUCAUUCCAUCGUCUGCACUUUCUCGCUCUCCGAUGCCGAGGUUAUUUGUUCCGUUUGCGAGUCUACUGGCUGGCGGGAGGAAUGCGUACAGUUCCUUGAAGGGAGUGCCCAUUUUGACUCCGUUCUUAUAUAUCGUAAUGCUUGAGCCUGGCAAUGUCCGCAAUGAUGCGUCCUCACUGUUUAAAGGCGAGGGUGGGCCGAAAGUUGGGGUUUCCUUGAGAUUAAACGCAUAAUCCCGAAGUUGUUUCGUGGGGAAAACAUUUGACUGCUGCCAACAAAAAUCCGAUCUGUAAUGGAAAGGUAUACGAUCACGAAUAAUGUUUGUUGCUGAUGGGGAUUCCGAAUGAUAUGUCGAACCAUCCCCGUCAACUGCGGGAUCAUAUGUCCCUUCCACAACUUUUCUUUGUAAAGAAAGUGGUGGGAUAGUGAUGAGCAUACCGAUAACGUCACCUUCACAAACAGACUCUCCUUUAGGGAAGAAGUACUCGCAGCGCAUUCGAUUGACCACCUCGCCGUUCACAUCUCGAAUUCCGUAGCCAUAACAGUCCACCCCUACAUUGACAUCGAGGUCUGCCUCCCGUCGCGCAAACCCAAGGCGGACAUGGCCUCGUGGGGACGAUCCAGAGGCGCCACUCCUAGGUGCUGCCUGAGUAUCACUGACAAUUCCACUUAUUACACGGGCCUCAUAGUAGUAUGUUCCCUCGCGUACACAUACGUUGGCGCGUGCUGUCUGCCAUGGAUCGCUGGUUGUAACCGCAAGUGCAUCCUUGGUAAAAGCUAUUGCCGCAGGAGAGUCUUCAAAACUGAAGCGGGCAUGAUAAGGAUGGAGGUCUGUUUGACGAUACUUGAUAUGCCGAAAAAGUGGAUCAGCAAUUGCAUAGCUGUAACGAAAUCCAUUUUUAUUUGUGAGCUUGUCGACCACUUCAUAGAAAUCCCAGCUCUGGCCUAUGACAUCCGAUGUUUUCCGGGUCAUGAAGCUCAGUUGGCGUGGCUGUGGAGGCAAAAGAUCGGAUGGCCUUGGUUCUGCAAGCAACAGAGGCCUAAGGAGUGAGAGUUCAGAACUCGGAAUGGCGGAGUUGUGAACAAGGACGGCGCGUUUCUUAGGGGGCGCGUUUUCC